CCCUGUUCCUGUUCGUCGGUCGUCAGUAUUGCGCGAUACGGCGAUGGUGUAUGUUCGUGAGUCGUUACUUUUCAUGUGACGCCGCGCAUAAACGUUUCAUCGUCGACGUGUCGUAACGUAGUUUGCUCGCGAGUGUGAGUGCGAGUGCGCGCAAUUUCAAAGUCCUUGACGCGCCCGCGCACGACAGUGUGCCCGGAACGGGACUCUAACCUUAAAACGCGUCUCCGUCCAUCGCGAUCGCCGCUUACGACAAUCGUCGACUUCCUCAUCGCCGAUCCCGCACGGAUGAUCCACGGAUGAUCCAACAUGGCGUCGACCGAUCUGUCGUUCGGCUCUAUACCGGCGUUCUACAGAGAGGUCUACGAGAAGAUUUGCUCGCCCACCAACGGAAACGUCAAGCUCGAGGUGUUUCGGUCCCUCCUUGUCAAGUCACAACUAAACGGUUCCGUCGUCAAUCAGAUAUGGAAACUGGUAGACAGCAAAACGGGUUACCUUACGAGAAGCGGACUCUACAAGGGGCUUGCUCUUGUCGCCUUCGCUCAACAAGGAAAGCAACCGAGCGAUAAGCUGUUGGAAAAUUCCGAAUCUCAAGAAUUACCCGUGCCCGUCCUUGGUGAUCUGUCGGAAGUAACGUUACUGGCGCAGAGGCUGCACAGAGGCAAUCCAGCCAAGCUGAGUCACACUUACUCAGACAUUUGUAAUCUCGACACAAUCGAGGUCAACCUCGUUCCCGAGAAAAAGGGUAUCUUCCUGAAGCACGUGGAAUAUCAAGUCACUAGUAAGAGGUUCAAUUCCGUGGUCUACAGACGUUAUAAUGACUUCGUGUCGCUGUACGAUCUCCUUUUGGCACGGUUUCCUUAUAGAUUGAUACCCAAAUUACCACCAAAGAAGAUCGUGGGAGCGGACUCGCAAUUUCUCGAGGAAAGGCGGCGUUCUCUAUUGCGAUUUCUUACGCUGAUCGCUCGCCAUCCGGUGGUGAGCGGGGACCCGAUCGUACAAUUCUUCUUCACAUUCACCGGCGAUGAGACGCAGCAUAAGAUCCGCGAGGUAUUUAAACGCGUGCCGGACGAGUUCGCGACGUCGGAACUGUCGUCCAAAGCGAAGGAACUGAUGCCACCCGAGACGCUAACCGAGUUCGCGAACAGCCGCGAUCAAAUACGCGUUAUACUCCUCGGGAUCUCGCGGUUGAAGCACAUCGCCGACAAUCUGGCAAUCAGAUCGCACAGUUACGCCUCGGACAUGGCCGAGCUCGGCACUCAGCUGAGCACUUUAGCGGCGGAACAGCACGGCACCGGUACUUGGAUCACCGGCGGCUCCAUCCUUUGGCAAGACAUGAAGAAGGGCUUUCACGUAAUCUCAAAAGAAUUCAACCUGCUAUCGAGCAGAGCUCUUCAACAAGCUGUCAGAGAGGAGACCAUGAUUUGCGAGAGGUUGAAUCUUCUACUCGAUAUUUUAGUCGCACACAGAAUGUUGUGCGAGAGACACGAGCGAGGCGUCAACGCCGAUCAUCAACGUGCCCUGUCUACAAUGUUAUCUCUCAAGAAGCGGCAGAUGCAAGGCGUUAUUCGCGGAACCGAUGCUGAUACUGUCGAGUACCUUGAGAACAAGAUGGUCUCCCAGGAAUCGGUGAUCGCCAACGUCGAGCUGAGAAAUUGCUUCUCGCUGCUUUGCCUGCACAUGGAGACGCAGCUCGUUCACGCACAUCUAGAGAUACUCGCCACUGUGCUACAAAGUCUCGUCAGCGUACAAAUCCGUGGACAUUCCGAGUUGGCCGAAGUGUGGAAACUAAUCGAACCGACGAUUACUAAGUGUUUACCUGAGAAGUUGGCAAGCGGAUCCAACGAAGGAUAGCAUAAUAAAGUUUCGUGUUUAUCUCAGCAAAUCAUAUACUGUCAAAUAAUUGAUAACCGAAACUUGUAUACAAUUUUUAAUAAACAUACAUGGUACGUAUACAUGGUACAUAUAUAUAUAUAU